GUCGCCGGCACUCGCCUCGCCGGUCGGCUCGUCAUCCUCGCAGCCCAACAUCGCCGUCAGCAACGCACCAUGCUCCACUCUGUUUGUCGCCAACCUCGGCCAGUUUGUCUCCGAGCACGAACUCAAGGAGAUCUUCAACAGGGAUCCAAGGGAGAAGAAAACGGGCAACCUUAAAAUCGACAUAAAUGGCAUGUGAAGCUGACGCAGCAGCAGCAGCAGCAGCAGCAGCACGAGGAUUCGACCGACAAACUACAAUGGCAACAGCAGCAUUGCCGACGACGACGUAAGAAGAUUUUCGGCGCUCGUGAGAGAAAAGGGGAAAUAGCGCUCGGGGCAUCUAAGCUUCUCUUUAGAUAUAUAUGUUUUUUUUCUUGUUCUCUCAUUUGCCUCCUCAAAGGAGAAAGAGCGACAGUUCGAAGGAACGGCGCAUGACCGAAACAAAAAAAAAUUGUUUUUUUUUCUCUUCUUGUUCUUACAUUUUUGGCGCUGACAUGCUCGUAGUUAUAUUUGAGAUAUUUCGUUUAUUUCAUUGUAUGAGCAACUUUACUUAACCAGUAAGGAGAAGAAACGAAAGCGCCUUGCGUUCACGUGUUUUAUUUUUCGAUAAUAUGAUUGUUCGCGCUCGCGCGACUGCGAGCUAUACAUUUGACCAACUUGUGUAAGGAAAAGCAGGAGUAUUCAAUGAAUAUCGAUACAUAUCAAUCCAGGGGAUUAUGUAGUAAAACCACGUACGUUUUAAGCAGGGUGCAAUUACGCAAUGUAACCGAUGAAAGUAAAAGCAAACUAACGAAUGAAAGUAAAAGUUAGGCUAAAGACGAAGCGCGAGAAAAUUUAUAAAAGUAAAAAAAAUGAAACUAAAUAAAAAAAAAAAAAACACAAACACGGGGCCUUCGAGUCGACUGCUUGCAACGCGUCCCCGCGGGGGGCAGCCGCGUCGACGCGCUGCAGCAGCGAGAUAAUGAAAUUAAUUGCUGACGAGAAGAGAGUAAAUAUUAAAUAAUCGUUAUAAAACAAAAAGGAGAUUCGCGAGAAACGCGAUAGUCGUCAAUGAAUUUGAAUGUAAAAAGGCACUGUUAAGGUCACGAAGACACACACACAUAAUACACGUGAUUAAAAAGAGCGAAAGAAGCAGAACGAGCGCGCGUACGAAAGAGAGCGAGAGAGAGAGAGAGAGAGAGAGAGAGAGAGAGAGAAAGAGAGAAUAAAACACUUAAACUAACAUAUAACACGCAAUUAGGAUCGUCGAACAGCGUCGACAAUGAGAGUCAGCUGCACACACACUGCAUUUUUGAGAGAAUCUUUCUGCGUGAGAACGAGCGCGUGCGUGAGAGAAAGAGAUUUUUCGACGCUAGGUAACAACAUCAAGCUUAAUACCAAAGGUGCCCUAAAAAAACAAAACAAACAAAUGAAAGUAAGAGACAAACAAAAGAAAAUGAAGACAAAAAUAACGUUCUAUCAACUUGUCUUGUUUCGAGAGAGAAGAAAACGAGCCGAACGCAACUUUUGUGCUGAAUCUCAUUAUAACGGAUGUAGCGAUGAUAAUUGGGGUGGGCUUCGGACACACACACACACACACACUCACAUGUACACGUACACGAUGACGGAGACGCGAGACACAGUCACAAUUACAGAUUGGCGGUUGAUGGGAUGGGCAGUUAGAAAGCGUAAUUAUAUAUGAAUCUGUCGAUGGGUUUUAAGAGAUAUAUACAUUUAUGAUAUUAUCAUGUAAACGAAUGCAAACAUAUCAGUAGGCUUAAGAUCCUUAGCGAAGAAAAAAAACAACAGACACAAUUGUAAACGCAUAUACUUAUUUAUCGUACGUAUCGUCAUGUAGAGACGACUUAAACGGCAGGAAAACAGCAGUAGUAGAAUGACGAGUGUGCAUGUGUACGUACGCGGCUGUGGUUUGCACAUUUCGGAUGUACGCGAUUCUUCAAUUCGUUUUCUGUUCAUCAAAAAGACUGAUUCACGCAUAAUAAUCCACAAAGUGUGCAAUGAGCAAGUUGGACAAAAACUGGUCGUUGCUCUGAGUUUUUUUCAGACAAUGGAAAGUGCAGCGUGUAAAGAUUCUGUCUCUAAUCGCGGCGCAGAAUCGUUGCUGUGGUUUAAGGUCCGAAAAUAAAAAAGGGAGACUCGACCUGUUUUUUUUUAUUUUUAUUUUGCCUUAUUUCGCGUAUAUGCACGUCUUCUCUCACGAAGGCAAGUUCAACGACCGGUCGAAUUCAAACGUGACUACUCUUUGGCUCUCAACAGAAGCAGCAGUAGCAGUAUUAGUUGGCCGCAGGCUGCACGUGCAGAUCGAUUCUUGUUCUUCAUCGCCGUCGCGCUGUUCGUUCGCAGCAAUGUUUACGGGAAAAUGUCAAUUACGCUUGGGAAAAAAGAAACGCGAAAGAAAAAGAAAGCGAAAGGAGGGAGGGAGGGAGAGAGAGAGAAUAAAAAAAAAAGAGGGCGACCAACUCGGCACGUAAUCUCGCCCGAGUGCCUUUCCAGUCGGCCGAGUCAUGCUGCUCUGCGUUCCCUCGUUGUUACGUGAGAAAGUCGUCGUCGUCGUCGUCGUCGUCGCGGGUCAGAGUUGAUUUUUCGGAGAUUAGUGCCGGACAACUUGACUUGAGAAUUCGCGUGAGAGUCAGGCUUCUUCGUCUUCUUUCGUUUCGUUUCUGUUUUUCAAAUUCUUCUUCGUCUAUUUCACGCUCGACCGCGUCACUUCCGGCCGCGUUACACACUGUUUUUUCAUUUCCGCGCGCUCGCGAAACAUCGUCAAUUUUCAACGUAUAGUUUUUUUUUCUACGGAACAAACACUUUUCACGACCAGAAAGACAAAACGAACGAGAAACAAGGUUCCUUAUUUGCGAGCAUGGGGCUGGACGAUACGAAGACACACUCAGACACACGCACACACACAUACGACAACACAAACAUAUACUUAUAAUGAGAGACUCGGAAAGUAUAAUGAAGGAUAAUCGUCACCGCGCACUGGCGAUAGACAUGUGGCGGUGUAGGUUGAAUUUAAAGUGCUUUAACAAAAAAAAAUGAACUAACUCAUAUCAGUAGGCUUAGUGAACGCUAUAUAUUAUUAUUGAAGAUGAAUUAAGUAUAUUAUAUAGAAUUACUAAAAGUAAACGAGGUAAGAGGAUAAUUUAGAGCGGUUUAUUCGCGUGUAAGUUUUACUAUUUAAACAGCAACGGCAAACAACAAACAAACGACAAAAAAAGAAAAAAACCAUAGAUGUUAUUUACACGAUACGUUUCUAAUCCUUUUUUGCUUCGUUUCGUACCUGAUUGCGUUUACAUUGUGCGCGUACGACUUUUUAUUAUUAAUAUUAUACAAGGCGCGUGCGAGCGCAUCCUCGUCUUUGUUUUUUAAUAUCGUUGUAUACGUAUUCCUAAUGUGUGUGUGUGUGUGUGCGUGCGUGCGUGCGUGCGUGCGCGCGCGCGUGUGUUACAAUUCGUUAAAUGUAUUUUCUCCUUAUACUUUGUAAGAAUUGCACGACGAUGCACGUCGAACUGAGCUUUGUUUCAUAUAAUUUACGACAUUGAAGUGACUCAACGUAUGGACUCAAUUCGGCGUGUCACGCGUUCUCUUAUUAAUGUUUUAUUUCUUCGGUGAAGGGAAGUCAAGUGUAUCAACGUCGAUUAGCAACGCGAAAUAUAUAGUACGCGAGAAGUAUGAAGAAACUCUUGAUAUCGGAGCUUUCUCUGUAAUCUGUCCACUGGCAACUGUAUUCCUCCUUCAAAUGAAAGUAAUUAUGAGAAUGAGAUAGAGGGAAAAAAUAACGAAGCAAUGUAAACGUAAUCGUCAUAGAUGAAAGUAUAAUAGGACGUAAGCUGUGUCGCAUAACAUGGAAUAAUACAAAAAAAUGGAAAACGAGUAAAAAAAAGUAAAGAAGCAACAACCAACUAUACAUAUAAACAUAGUGUAAUCGAGUGUGUGUGUACGGAAAUAUUAAGAAAAAGACAAACAAGCAGCUACAAAGGUUUUACAUGUCAAUCAGCUAUUUUCUACCGUGUCAAUAGUAACGAGUACGUAAACGUCGUUUCUAAGGGGUUGUCCCCCAUAUUGAUAUGUAUAUCUUUUUUUAACAUCGCGCUGACAGAGGCAGAGAGAAAGUGGGAGAAAGAGAGAAGAGAGAGAGAGAGAGAGAGAGAGAGAGAGAGAAAGAGAGAAUAGAGAAAAAGCCAGAAGCACGCGGCACGUUUUUUUUUUUCUUUUUCCACGUUGUAAUACUUAUACUACGCAUGAUGCAGAGCCUUUUUGCGAGCUUUCGCCUCGUCGAGCAAUGUAUACACAGAAUGAUUACAACGAUUUUUUGCAAAAAAAUUUUCGAGUCUUUAAGCUGCGCUGUAGACGAGAUCUGUGCUUGCAGAGAGUGCGCGAGUGCACGAGCAACGCUCACACGUCGAUUUGGUUUUUCCAAAUAAAUAAAUAAAUAAAUAAAAAAGUUAAUGAAAAGAGAAAAAGACGACGGAAGAUGUACUUACACAAGUACAGUGGAAAGAAAAAAUUUUUGCGAAAGCUUGAGUGAGACGAGCUUAUAUAAAGGGUGUGUAAACUUUGUAGUAUAACGUUGAAGCGGAACGCGAGUUGAAUUUCUCUCGUGUGUGUUUUUAUUAUAUUGCGUAGUAUUUCUUUCGUUGUUGUAUGGCUCUCUUUCGGGGAUAUUUAUAUUAUAUAUAUAUACACAUGUUGAGCUGCGGGAAAAGUGGAAAAAUGAAAGUAACGUGUAAUCAUUGACAGUGGUAUAAUCACCAAAGAUGUCGAUUCCAAAGACGUACAAAACGUAUAAAACAAAUGAAAGUACUAAAGUAAAUACCACGCACGCACGGAACCGCCGAGCAAUCAUGAUGACAAGUCGACGAGAAAGGUAGAGAAGGAGAGUGAGAGAGAGAGAGAGAAGACACAAUUUGUAUCGCUAGCUGUGAGAAAAAUGAAAGUAAGAAGAGUGUGACGGUUUAUUAUUUUUAAGAAAAAACCUUUUUUCAAACUAACGACGCGUUAAUUGCGCGAUAUUUACCGUAGAUUUUAAGUCGAUGGCAUUGUCAGUAGUGGGGAAAAGUGUAUAAGCGACGCAGACAGCGUCGAUGUGAUAAAGUCAAUAUUCGGACGAGAACUAAGCAAACAAAAGAAAAAUGAUAACACAGGCGUGAAAUCAAUGAAAGUUUAAAUGCUUGUGAUUCGCGAAAUUUCCGAGGCGCUUAUUAGCUUUUUACCCUUCGAAAAGACACUAUUGUAUAACGUGUUUGCGUCGAAUAAUAACUUUUGUAAUGGCGUUUUUUAUUGGCGAAAAACAGAAGCAAAAACGUGAGCUAUAUAUUUCGCUUUUGAAUGAUGAGAGAACACGAUUGAAAGUAUAUCGAUAUACAUAUCAUUGCGAGCAAAGGUGAAAGGAGGCGAAUCUUUUUAGGCUGACAUAAGUAAAGUUAGGUGACUUAUCAAAUGAAAGUAUGACAAAACAAAUACCAAGUAAUUAAUGCAAACCUGCGUCAAUUUUCAACGUCAACGUUGUGUAUAUUGUAUUUUACGAAAUAAGAGCCUCGAAAAUGGAGGAUGCAAUAGCGGUUAUUAGUAAAGCAAAGCAAAGAAGUUUGAUUCGUUGACAUAUAUAUUUACAGAAAAAUCUAUUAGGCAAAUUAAAUUGUAUAAGAAACGCCACAUACGCACGCGACAAUUUAAAAGAGCGUUCUUAUAGUAGAAUUAAAUUUUUUUGAAAAAUAAGUGAAAAAUUUUAAAUCGUUUUUAAUCAACUGUUGAUUAUUGAAUGCAACAUGUUAAUGAUCGGCGUUCAAAAAUGCCGUUCGCGAGCACCAUUUAAGGAAAAACCUUUCAAGAUUAUAAUUAAAUCUAAUAAAAAAAUACAUUGGAAAAGUAAAAAAAAAUUACGUUCGCUAUUGAUCGAGCUGAAAGCUGAAAAAAUACGAUUCCUUUAUGCAACUUGUUGUGAGACGAUGAUGAACAUGCAUUGUUUGUGUUUGUUGCAUCCUUAUUUUCGGAAAAUCUCGUCCGUAGCGAGAAAAUAUGAGGAUAAAACCUUAGCCCGAGAAUAAUUAAUCCAUACGAUGUGUGUGCGUGUGCGUGUAUAUAGGCGCGUCGUCGUUUGUGUGUACAACGUGCCUACGUAAGCUUUUUUCCCCGCCGCGCGAUACGCGAGUCUGUGUCUGUGUGUGCGCGUGUGUGUGUGCGUGUACAUUAGCUUUGGAAGAUCCGCCGCAAGUUACGUAGUCGAGCUCUCCGCGGCUCUGCCAAUUUUUUCUUCUCUGUUUUUUUUGUUACCACGACCGUUUUUAUUGCUUUGGUUAGCCGGAAGCCACACUUCCGGGUGGGUUGGUCGAAUUGUAUGCCCGUUCCACUCGAGAGGUCUCGCUGUGCGCGAGUUUUGCUUUCCGUUCGGACACAAUGCCACCUCUAAACUAUAUGCUAAUUGCCAACACCGUAACGAAAGAGAGAGAGAGAGAGAGAGAGAGAGAGAGAGAGAGAGAGAGAGAGAGAGAGAGAGAGAGAGAGAGAGAGAGAGAGAGAGAGAGAGAGAUUAAUAUGAUUUUUUAUUGUUUCGCCUGCUCUCUCUCUCUCCUUCUCUCUCAGUGCUCGGUGUCAUGGUCACAUUUUACCUACUGGUAUUAUAACUCAAUUGUCUGUUCUGCGACAAAGUAUUGUUUGUCUCUCGAGGUAGAGGUUACGUGGCGAGGCCGGGAUAACGAUAAUCGCGAACUAGCGUCGAAAAAAGAAAUCUAAGAGCGAGAGAAAGCUAACAACCGGUAAUAUUGUUCCUGCACAAUUACACUCGCGCAAUGGUGAGAUAAGCACGCGAGGCCGUUUUUCCCGGUAAAGGUAUUAAACGUAUAGAGGCGCGGAGAGCAAACAAGAGAAAUUAACGAAAACACGUAGAAAAGGUCACGCAGCGUGAGAUCGAGACCUGGAUAGAAAAUAGGCAAGGAAGCGGAGUUUAGAGUUAAAAUAAUAAGUAUAGUUGCAGCUUUCUGUGUGAGGUUAUUGUGAUACUUAAGGAUAAACAAAAUAUAAACAAAUUAACAAAAAAAAUAUAAAAAACAGCAGUUCUGCAAUAGCAUAAUCUUCGCGGCGUCGCGGCGACGUCUUAGGAACAUGGAUAUUUACAUAGAAUUACUAUAUGAACAAUAUCUCGAGUAAACGAUGAAAUAUUUAUUAAUGUCAAGUAAGAAAAUUAAAUAGGGAGGGGGGGGGGUGUAAAAGAGUUUGAUAUGUGAAAAGGAGGUUGCGCGUAAUAGAAAGAAGAAGGAAACGAGAAGGCGCGAGCGAUCGGUGCGAGCGAUUUUAAUCCUCUCGAGCGUGAAUUGUACGCAAUCGAGGGGUCGAUAGCGUUGUUGUUUGUGUCGAGUAUAAGGCAAACAACAUCCGUGUUCCCUGAACGGUCGAAAUGGCUUCUUUGGUUCGUGACGGAUGCAUCGUUAUCGCAUCUUUCCGCAAUUGGACGCGGCUUCAGCGUCGCCAACAGAACUGCGCGUACGAAUGCGAUUGUCAUUAUGUUAGACCUGCUCAGUGAAACAUUCAUUCUUACGCCAAUACGCGUGAGCGGCGUUAUUGUCAAUUCGGUGGCGCACGCAAAAACCGAUGCACUCGUCACGAAGGAAUACAUAUAAGGUGCACCAGGAGCAUACAGGGGAUCUAUCGUCCCAUGCACUUGGCCACAAGAGCCCCUCUACGCCCUUGGUACACAAUGUGCUAUUUUAUUUAUCGCAAAGUAAUGUUCUUAACUGGUGUGAAUUUUUUCUGUCCCGAUGACAAGUCUUUGAAUCUCAUCAACUAUGUAAUAACUAAGCAAAACUACUCGCAAUAUCCGCGCCAAGGGAACAGCCAUAUACAAAGAGUCCGUAGAGUUGGUAAUAGGCAAAGAAAAAUUAAAAAAAAAAAAAAAUAAAAUAAUAAUACGUUGAAGAGACAAUCCGAGGCUUCGUCGAUGGAGGAAAGAGACGCGAGCGCUUGAACAGCUGUCGGCGAGCGCGAGGUGAAAGGAUCACGCGCGGCGCGGGCGCGCGCACGGACACACGCGCCUCUCGACGAGCCCUCGACGAAACGCGCGCGAAAGCAAAGUUAAAGUGAAAGAAAAAAAAAUGAAAUAAAAUAAAACGUUGAAAAUAAGUUUUAAAUGUAAAAGAAAAGAGGAAACCAUAAAUCCGUCCAUAAGCGCGGCCCGCGCGCGGCGUACUUAAGAAUUGUCGACGCGGCGCGGGCGGCGCGCCGCACAAUCGCGUGCAUAUUAAUCAUUGGGACUACAAAAACAUAUCAUCGUAAAGCUGUAAUAAUGACUACGAUUAUUAAUUAGUAAACGAUUACAAUUAAAUAUUAUAAUGAUUAUUAUAUACUUCUUACGACUAUGACGAUAUAUAUUAUAUAUAUAAUAUAUUACGAAUUAUUUACUAUUUAAAGAAGAAGAAAAAAACACACAAGUAACAAAAAAUACAAAAAACAGAGACACAGAUGUGCGAGAGAUGUUUAAAGUGUGCGCGAGAUUGCGGAGAUAAUGUAUCGAUGUAGUAGGAAUGUUGAAAGUGAGUCCAUGUAAACUCUGUAUUACGAAGAGUGAAAUUAAGCAGUAGACGAUGAAAGUGUAUAAGAACAGAAGAAAGCAAACAAAAGAAAAUGAAAGUAAGUAGUAACAUUGAAAGUAAAGAGAGAAUCACCUAAGCAAUAAGAUUAUAUUUAUAAUAACGCCCCGUGUAAGCGUCGAACUCGAGUGCAUAAUUGCGAGGUAUAUAUAUUAUAUAUAUUAUAUAUUCAAAGAAUUAUAAACCGCGAUACAUUCAUUGUAAAACAUGCAUAUCAAUACAUGUGUGUGUCUGGGCAAGGAUUAGCUUACUAAUGGAUUAAUUAAUAAAUUAAUUAUUAUAAUUAUUAUGAUUAUUAUUGAUUAUAUAAUUACAUAUUAAAAAAAAGUGUCGACGAUUGCGCAGAAGGGAUAUAUAUAUAUGAGACUAUGACAUAAUCAAUUAUUACUUCUUCGUUAUCGCCGAUUCGAGCAAAAAAGAGUGGCGUUAAAUGUUAUCAGUGGAUAAAAACAACAUAUAUUUAAGUAUUUUAACGACAUCAUUACAACAGUGAUUAUUAUUAUUAGUAUUAUUAUUUUUAUUUACUAUUAUUAUUGCUAUAAUAAUAUUAUUAUUAUUAUUAUUAUUAUUAUUAUUAUCUCAUGAUUAAAUUCGUAUCAUUGUCAAUUUUACAAAUGUGAAUGAUUUAUUAUUUUUUAACCGUCUUCUUUAAUACGUAGAUUAAUAUUCUUAUAAUUUUAUUAUAUACUUAGACGCGAUUAUUAUGGAUAUUUUUACUUUAUUCAUUAUAAUUAUAUAAAUUAUAGGCAGAUAAUUGAAGUGACGUUUGUAUUAAUGAAGAUAAUUACCAUUGUCAAAGUAUUUCUUUGGGGUUUAGUAAAACUUUGGUAGCAAUAAACAUUAGUUAAAAAUAUGAUUUUCCGUUUGUAUUUUUUUAUUUAUAAUAUUGACAUCCAUGACUCAACAUCUUUUUUGGUAGGUAUAUAUUUUCUGGGAAAACAAGCAUGCUUCAAAUCUCGUCUGGUAUACGAUGUAUCGAUAAAUAAAGUUAGAAACAUUUACGAUAAAGUGAUUUCACCUUUAUGUGGCCACUUUUAGUAUUAAAAUGUAUUAUAUCGUACUGAAAUUGAUAUUCUACUUUCACUGCUUUAUAUUUUUAUUUUUCUAAUCAAGUUCUUCAUAGUUAGUACAACUAAAAUUAUUUUGUUUAAAAAACCGUACAUUCUUUUAUUAAUAAAUUCUUUUAUUUAAAAGAUGCAUUUCCAUGCCUGUCUUCUGAUUAACUUAUAAUCCAUAGUAUAUAGAAAUUGCACAUAAAAUAAAAAUAUUCAAGAUUGAAACUUUUCAAGUUUACUACCGCUGUAUCAGAGGUCGCUGUAAGCGGGUCACGCGAUUAUUAAAUAGCUUCUAGCGGGAAAAAAGAAAUGCAGCCAGAAAUUUAAUCUAACUAGGUUAUACGAAACACUGUAUUUACACUUGUUUCGUUAGCAAUCAUAUAAAGUUAAUUAUUGAAAAUGGUACGGCUUAAUCCAGAAGAAGAAUUAACAUGCUCGUUUGAACGUAAAAAAGUAGAAUACGUUGAUCAUACAGGUAGAUUUAAAAAAGAAGGAGAGAAUUACACUAAACAAUUUGCGAGUAUUUAUGUGAAAAGACUUGAAGAGUUAUCAGAAAUUCUUAAAGGAAAGGUUUUUGCUAAAUGGGGGCAUACAGUGAACUUGAUUCCAUUGUCAGAACUAGAAGAACAAGAUGGUAAAAAAUGUGCUAUUAUUGGUACUUUAUACAAACAUCAACCAAAUAAGCCAUCUAUAUUACAAGAACUUAGUGAAGAACAUCAAAUGUCAGCACCAGUUAUCAAAGCAGAUUAUUGUUCAUCUGAAGACCAAGUAUUUUUAGAAGAUCAGACAUCUCGUAUCAAAUUGACAGGAGAUAAAGUGAAUAUCAAAGAAUUAGUUACUGGUGUUGUUUGUGCUAUUAUAGGAUCUGAAAAUGCAAAAAGUACCUUUGAGGUUGAAGAUUGGUGUUAUCCGGGUUUCCUAGUUCCAACAUCACUUUCAAGACCACCUUCAACAGGAAAAAUAGUUUUUCUGUCAGGUUUAGAACUGUCAACCACACCACCAAAUUUGCCUUUAGAUUUAUUUAUUGAUUGGGUAGGAGGAUUAGCAGGGUAUUCAGACAUGCAAGAAGAUCAAGCAUCAGUAGUUCGAGUAGUUAUAGCAGGAAAUAGUAUCAAAGGCUGUGCCGAUCAACAUACAAGCAAAGGACUUGUUAGUGGAAGGGCAGAAGAUGCAGCUGCUGCCAAGGAUUUAGCAGAUGGAACACAAAGACUUGAUUCAUUUCUUUAUACACUUGGUCAGAAUUGCUGUGUGACAUUUCUUCCAGGACAAUUUGAUGUUACUACUCUCAUGAUGCCUCAACAAGCUAUGCAUCCUGCAUCAUUUCCCAAAGCUAAGAGAUUGAAAAGUGUAAAAGGAGUAGUAAAUCCAUGGAUUGGGAAAGUAUCUGAAAGUAUAAUAAUAGGAACUAGUGGUCAACCCAUUCAAGAUAUUCAAAAAGUUUGUGGACUCGACACAUUUUCAGCAAUUGAAUGGCUUGAAAAAUCUUUAGAAUGGAGACAUUUGUGUCCAACAGCACCUGAUACAAUUGCAUGUAUGCCAUUUUACCAAAGUGAUCCUUUUAUAAUGAGAAUGUGUCCUGACAUCUACUUUGUUGGCAAUAUGGACAAAUUUGAAACAAAACUUGUUGAAGGUGAGAAAGGUCACAAAAUUCGUCUUGUUUGUAUUCCAAAGUUUGCUCAUACACAAACUGCUGUAAUUGUUGAUUUAGAAAAUUUAGAUGCUACACCUAUUUCUUUUGGAGCAGAAUGAAAUGAUUAAUAGUUUAUAGUAUUUAUUUUGUUAUUAAGAUUUGCCUAUGUUUUAUAUCAAAGACCAUGUAAAUAAACUUUUUGAAGUUAUUUCUGUUGUUAUAUUAUUAUUUGAAUCAUAUUUUUCGAAACAACACAUAGAAUGUGAUAAACUUUCGUAAUAAAAUAUUAUCGUCAAAAGUUAUAUAUAUAUGAAUAUUAAGAUCUUACUGUAAUCUUUGAUGAUACAAGAAAUUCCGGAAGUUGUCUGCAACGUAAACGUAAACAAAGCCAUUAUACCAAUUUUCUAGAAAUGUUUUUAUUCACCGGUCAUCGAUGUCUACCGUCCGCGCCAGCAGAAUGCAUUUUGUUUCUUCCGAUUCGAUUCUCAAAAUGUAAACAAAGGAAACAUACUUGUCUAAACACGUUCUAUCUAAUUUUACAUCCACCGUAAGUAAUGUAGUAGUUUUUCAGUUUAUACAUGUAUGAUUUAAGUGAAUACAUGAGAAACGAGUAUUAACUGUAUUAGUAAAACUAUAAAAUGUAUACCCAUGUUUUUGAAAUUUUUGACAAAAUCAGUAAAAUAGUGCUUUUAUAACCAUGGUGAACAAUGAUAUUUUGAUGAACUUAACUUGAUUACGAGAUAAUUUAAAUAUAAUUAAAUUUAAUAUUCAAAAUAAUUUUGUGUUUUUUAAUAAAAAAAAUCCGAAAAUUUAGAUUUGUAUUGACCAAUACAAUAAAUAAAAUACAAAAAAUAAAUCCUAAGAGGAGAUAUUUGAAAUAACAAUAUUAAAGUAUAAUAAUAAAAAAUACAAAGUAAAUGUUAGGAUGAGUGAAAUUUCGAAACAAAAUAAAUCAAGAAAAAUAUUUAAAGUACCACGACUAGUUGAAAGACGUAAAAUCAAACUUCAACAUUCACCAAAAUGUGUAACUCCACCUGUAAACUACAUCAGUAAGUAAGUAGUUUUUAUUGUUAGUAUAUAUA